AUGACAAAAAUGUCAAUGAGUAUAUCAAGCACUUACGCGCUUGCCUCCAAAGUGAAAGCCCGGCUUACUAAAGAAGCCGUUAAAAAUGAUGUUAACUUGAAUCGAUUGGUGUGCCAAGCUAAUAUGUUGGACAGUCUGAUAGAGAACUUGAACGAGCAGUAUAAGAUUCGUAAGAAUCCAAGAGCUGCUACUAUAUCGUUUGAUAGUAUUUCCGUUAACGCCGGAAACUCUCGGCCUAUUUCUGAGGAUUAUGAAUCCGACGAUAUUGAAGACGAAUACGUUUAUGGAGAUGAAGAAGAUGAAGAAGAAUUCACAGAGAAUGACAGUCUUGAUUCUAGGUCGAGAAUUGAUAAAUUCUACGGAGAACAGAAGCAGCAACAAGAUGCUAGCUUCUAUGGCAAAAUUACGUAUUAUGAUUCGGAGUCAGAAUCAGAUUCAUCAGACUCGGAUUACUCGGAAAUGUCAGACACAGAAUCAGAAUUAGAUUCAGACUCAGAGGAUGAAGAAGAAGAGGAAUACGAGGGAGGAGCGGCUUUCGAUCUUCGAAGGAUGCCAUCACAUUCAGAAGAGAGUAAGAAGGAGUCCAUACUUAGUCAACCGGAAGUGAAAACGGUGAAAUACGAGUCACCUUCUUUGAAGAUAGAAAGUUCCAUACUGAACAAUAACCGUCGUAUGGGAGCAGUCUAUUAA